AUGAUGGAUUUCAAACAAUUGGAAGAUUUGGUUAAAGAUUCCGAUGGCGGAAUAUCGGAGAAGAAACAAGCUGUUGCCGAGGUUUUGGGCAAGGACGAUGAAAAUCAGGCGAAAUCAUCCAUUGAUUCAGCCGGGUCACUCCAACUCUUUCUUGAUCACAUCCCCAUCAGCUCCAUCUCUGAUAUCAUCGUCAAUAAUCCAUUCCCCGAGGUGGAAGCAAAGCCAACAGAUAAUGUGGGAUACAUCCUUCAUUUGAUGCGCGAGAAAGAUGUAAAAACUGCCCCUCUAGUCCAUAAGUUGAGCGAUGAACAUGGCCUGAAAAAAUUUGCUGAAGAAUACAUUGGACUUAUUGAUUUAGAUACCUUGAUAUUGUGGUUUCUUCAGGAAUGUGAAAGUUCUGGAGCUCGUAGGGAGGAUCUUGAAGGUGAAGAUGAGAUAGGGGACAAAGGGUUCUCCUGCAAGUUAGAACAGAAUCACCCUGUUUUGCAAACUAAGGUAGGAGAACUGGCCAAGCUGUUCCUGUGGGAUCCUUUUUUCCCGAUCCACGUUAAUGAUUCACUUUUCCAUGUUCUCAUGCUACUCUCGAAGCACAGGCUGCAGGUUGUUCCUGUCACUGAGAAGUCUGAUUCUAGGAUCAUUGGUUUUGUCUAUCAGAAUGCAGUGGUUCGUGCCCUUCUUGAAGCCAGUGGACUGGAGUGGUUUGAUAACAUUGCGGACAAGACUCUAUCUGAAUGUAGGUUAGAGACUGAGCAAGUUGAAAAAAUCCAUGGGGAUGAAAGCAUGGUGGAGGCCUUGCGAAAUUUGUGGGAAAGCCGAGCUAGAUCAAUUGCCAUUAUAGAGCCAGAAACGGAGAAGUUGAUUGGUUCAGUGAGAGCUACUGAUGUGUAUCGCCUUUUUGAAGACAUUGAUCUCUAUAGUGACAGAAAAAACUUGAAAGUGAAGGAAUUUAUCCAGCUAAAUGCAGAGAAAGGACAGCCUGAGACCCGCACCAAAGAAGUUGCAAGGGUUAGAAAUCCUCGGAUGAUAUCACCUGUCACUAACAGGGUGUCGGAUACUGUGAAAGAAGCCAUGAAGAAAUUAGCCGAGUCACAGAGCAAUGUAAGCUUUCUAAUAGAUGAAUAUGAUAGAGUUGAAGGAUUGAUCACCUUGAGGGCUAUAAUGGCUCAAUUUGCUCCGCCUGGUAUCGACUCCAGAAUUCGUGAUGGGGGUUUCUUCGAGUCUGCCCUUCAGCAAGCUGGUUGCCAUGUCAGUGAGGGAGGAUCGAUUCGGUGUGACAAAAAGAGCUCAUUGAUGUAA